CUGGAGAAAGCACGCAGACACAGUCUAACAUUUACGAAUAAUAUAGAAGAGAAGAAGAAGAAGACAAAGCCUUGUUCACAGUACAAUACAAAGGAGAUCUGAAAGCAAAGAUCAAACCCAGGGAUUGAAGGAAGCAGUAGUUACAAAGAGGAGCUUGUACAAGACAAGACAACUGACACUCAUACUCAGGAUGUCGGUGUCUCAGAGGUGUUUGUGCUGUGUGAAAUAUUUGAUGUUUGUCUUAAACCUUAUCUUCUGGCUAGGAGGAUGUGGUCUAUUUGGAGUUGGAGUAUGGCUGUCCUUCACACAGGCAGAGUUUUCCUCUCUUCCUCUGUCCUUUCCAUCCCUCUCAGCUGCCAAUCUACUGCUAGUUGCUGGUGGCAUAACCAUGGUCACUGGCUUCAUGGGUUGUCUUGGAGCCCUUAAGGAGCAGCGCUGCCUGUUGUUCAUGUUCUUUGUGAUCCUUUUGCUCCUUGUCCUAACGGAGGUGACUCUAGUGUUGGUUUUACACAUCUUCCAUGACAAGCUGGAUUCCAAAGCACAACGUGAAUUAAAGGAAGGUAUGAAGAUGUAUAAAUCAAAACCUGGACUGAAAAAAUCUUGGGACAAUGUGCAGAAAAUGUUCAAAUGCUGUGGAGUAACAAACAAAACAGACUGGUACAAUGUGCUGAAUGGAACGCUACCCUCAUCCUGCUGCUCUGUAGGGAUGGACAAGUGCAUUGACGGAUGGAGUGAGCCGUGCUAUCAGAAAGCCAGGCAGUGGCUGCUAAUUAACAUCCCCUCAGUCCUGGUGUUUGGAGUCUGUAUUGGUGUUGUACAGAUUUUGGCUCUGGGGUUCUCCAUGAUGAUGUAUUGUCAAAUUCUGUGUGCAGAGAAGCACUUGGACUAAGUGCAGACCAGAUGUACGCUGUCCUGUAUUAUCACAAUCUCUUCAAGAAUCUAACUUUGGGUUACAAAUUCCAUGUAGGAUUACCCUCAAAGCCAACACGUAAUAGACAUGGGGCAGUAUAAACACAGAAAGCAACAGACUGAGGAAGAAGAAAAUGCUGGUUGUCUUUAUACCAGUUAUAUGAAUUUAAUAUCAUGCACCUCACCCUUGCUCAACAAUGAUGUUUUUUAUUAUCUGUGGCAUCCUUCAGCUGCCAGGCAUAACAUCAUAACAUAACAUAUCAUCACAAUUUCCUACAGUUGCAAUCAGAAAUAUUUAACCCCCCCACCUCAAAAGACAUUAUAGUUAUGUGGAUGAAAGCUAAUGAUAAUAAAUGACAAAAAAACUCA